CAGACCCCUUGAAACAGCAAGGUGGUUCCGCCCCAUCAAUGAAAGGACCUUGUCCCCCGUCCUUCCCUGUAUUAAACCCUUUCAAAUAGAGAAAGGAAAGCUUGAGCAAUCAGAGUUGGCUAGAACAUGGGAGAGGAAAGACAGCUACCACUGUUUGAGACGACGAAGGCAAAGGGAGAAGUCCUAUAUAGGUUUUCUGCAGUCUCUGUAUCUGUUGGUGUAUGUUUGAUUUGGUUUUAUAGGGUGACUCACAUACCAAAAGCUGGAGAAGAUGGAAGAUUUGGUUGGAUGUUGUUGUUCAUCGCCGAGUUGUGGUUCGGUUUUUACUGGUUCUUAACUCAAGCCCUUCGAUGGAGACGAAUCUAUCGGCAUACCUUCAAGGAUAGGCUCUCUGACAGAUAUGAGAAUGAAUUGCCGGGGGUGGACAUAUUCGUGUGCACCGCGGAUCCGAUCUUAGAGCCGCCGCUUAUGGUGAUGAACACUGUUUUAUCGGUUAUGGCUUACGAUUAUCCGCCGGAGAAGCUGAGCGUGUAUCUUUCCGACGACGGCUGCUCAGAAUUUACGUACUAUGCCUUUCUGGAAGCGGCUGAGUUUGCCAAGCAUUGGAUACCCUAUUGUAAGAAGCACGGCAUAGAGCCGAGAUCACCGGCAGCUUAUUUUGUCUCAGCAGCUUCUGAAGCAGUUGAUGAUCAACGUCAGAAUCAGAAACAAGCUGGUGACUUUGCUCUGAUUAAGAAAUUAUAUGAGAACAUGGCGAGCAAAAUUGACAAUGCAGUGAAGCUAGGCCGGAUUUCAGAAGAAGUGAAAUCAAAACAUGAGGGUUUUUCUCAGUGGGACUCAUAUUCAUCAAAACGUGACCAUGAUACCAUUCUUCGAAUAGUAAUUGAUGGUAGAGAUCCAAAUGCAAGAGAUGUUGAAGGGUGUUAUUUGCCAACUUUGGUGUAUCUGGCUCGGGAGAAAAGACCCCAAAUACACCAUAACUUCAAAGCUGGGUCUAUGAAUGCUCUGAUUAGGGUAUCGUCAAAUAUUAGCAAUGGGAAGUUGCUUCUUAAUGUGGACUGUGACAUGUAUUCAAACAACUCCAAGGCCAUAAGGGAUGCACUCUGCUUCUUAAUGGAUGAAGAACAAGGCCAUGAGUUUGCUUACGUUCAGUUCCCGCAGAACUUCGAUAACCUUACUAAGAAUGAAUUGUACGCUUCAUUGCUAGUAAUUAACGAGGUGGAAUCCCAUGGUCUUGAUACUUAUUGGGGCACAGUAUAUAUUGGAACUGGAUGCUUUCACAGAAGAAAAACUCUAUGUGGGGAGAAAUUUAGCAAGGAAAAUAAGAGUGAGAUGAAAUGGGAGGAUAAAAAAAGAGAAGAUAUUAGCACUCCUGAAUUAGAACAAUGUUCAAAAGGUCUUGCGAGUUGUACAUUUGAAGAGAAUACACAAUGGGGAAAAGAGAUGGGUGUGAAAUAUGGGUGUCCAGUUGAAGAUGUGAUAACAGGAUUAUCAAUCCAAUGUCGAGGAUGGAAAUCAGUGAAUUGCAAUCCAACAAGAAAAGCAUUCUUAGGAUUAGCUCCAACCACAUUGCUUCAGACACUUGUGAUGUAUAAGAGAUGGGGUGAAGGCAACCUUCAAAUUGCGCUGUCUAGGUACAAUGUUGUAUGUUAUGGCCAUGGAAAGAUUAGUUUUGGCCAUCAACUUGGAUACCUUCGCUUCAACUUAUGGGCUGCUAAUUGCUGGGCAACACUAAUUUACUCCACUCUUCCUUCAUUAUACCUCCUUAAAGGCACUUCCUUAUUUCCUCAGAUUUCAAGCCGAUGGUUCAUACCAUUCGCAUAUGUUAUAACUGCUAAGUACAUUGGGAGCUUUGUGGAGUAUCUCUCGUGUGGAGGCACGAGCUUAGGUUGGUGGAACGACCAACGUAUAUGGCUUUACCAGAGAACAUCAUCAUAUCUAUUUGCCUUCAUCGACACCAUUGUACACUACCUUGGAUACAAUCAUUCAGCAUUUGUAAUAACUGCCAAGGUAGCUGAUGAAGACGUGUCCGAACGCUAUGAGAAAGAGAUCAUGGAAUUUGGGAGGUCGUCUCCAAUGUUUACUGUGCUGGCAACGCUUGCUUUGCUCAAUGUGUACUGCUUCGCUUGGUUUGUGAAGGAGACAUUUACUGUAACAAAGGGUAUUGCAGAAGUUUAUAAGACAAUGUUCUUGCAGAGUCUCCUAUGUAUGGUUCUAAUUGUUAUUAAUCUACCGUUAUACGAAGCUCUAUACCUAAGGAAGGACAAGGGAAAGCUGCCAAGUUCUGUAGCAUUCAAGUCAAUGGCAUUUGCUGGAUUAGCUUGUUUCUGUUUCAAAUUUUUAUAUUGAUACGUGAGAGAUAUUUAUAGUUUAUACUAAGAAUGUUGAAAUAUUAGCUCGAUUUGAAACUCUCAUAAGACAUAUAUGUAAGUGCUCAUGAGAAAUUGGA